UCUGGGAACAACAGCACAACCAAAAAAUCCCAAGUUGAUUUUCUUCUGUAUGAACAGUUCAUUCAGCUGUGUGCGGGAUAUAUCAGUGCCACUUACUAUAUCUGUGCUGGAAUGUUUCUGUGACAUUUCUGUAUUACUAUUGCUGUGGCUCUCUGGUAAUAGUAGAAGUGAAGUGCCAGUCAAAUCGAGCGCUAUUGUUAUUACCAUGAGGUUGCAUAACUUUGCUAAGAGCUAAUUGAGACAUAAAGAGAUAAAAAGACUACUCUCCCACAGUUACUGAUUUCGGUAACUACAGGGGAUAACACACGGACCGGGGUGUUGAGACACACAGGACUCUGCCAUUCUACCCACGGCACAGGCUUGAGAAAGACACUAUAUUAAUAAAACCCCCAUAUCAAUAUCUUUUUCUUUUCAAAUGGAACUUUUCUAGUUUUCCCUUUCAUGUAUUGAAUCUAUGGUUUCAACUAAAGCUGUGGUAUUCCCUCGCCACACUUGUAUGUUGGAAUGCAGUGUUUUCCCUUGGCUGUGCAGCGCUCUGAGCUGGUGCUGAGUACCACUGCUAGUAAGAGGAUUUUGGCUCGAAGGGGUUGAUUAUUAACCUUGCCAGUUUUUACUUAGUCAGGCAGAAAGACGGGUAAACAGGUUGCAAACAUGGCUAUAUCGGUAGCAGCGGCGGGGAAGAGAUUCCUUGGAAGCCCUGCUUGCAAGCUUUGGUGUGGACAGGAUCCCCUGUUUGGUGAGACUUACUGGUAUUUGGUAGGAAGAUGAUUUCACGCCAGUACCUGUCAGCAGCCCUAGAGGUUUCUUGGUCAGUGCUAGAGCUGUCUAGGGGCUUUCUAAGAGAACCACUGUUCAUUCCAGCAGCUCUCCCAAAAGUAAUUUCACAGAUUGAAGAAACUUGGGAAAACUCUUGAGUUGAAGAUCUUGGCAUUUCUGAAUGUAUAUUUUGUCUGAAUCCUCGGUGUAUUUUGUCAGAGCUUAAGUCCCCCUUCCAAAAGAAGCUACUUCUUCCUGGAGAGGGAAAUACUCAAAAUUCAUUAACCCUCUCUCCCCCUGCCAAACACCUCCAAAUAGGAAGAGGAAACAAAUCAUGGGUUGACAGUAUGACUGCUUACCCUUGCAGCACCAUCUCCAUGGAAACAGACUGUCCUAGAAUAGCUCAAUCACAUGAGGGUUACAUGACAUGAAUAAAGUAACCAGAAAACUGGAAAAAAAAUCUUAGAACCGGAGAUAUUUGCACUCAAUUCAUUACCCCCCAGGUUUUUGGAGAGUAGCUAAUAAGCAAAGCUACUAUUGAAACCAAUUUAGUAGAUCCAUAUCAUAAUUUGGAAGUGAUAGGAUAGUGGAAGAUUAACAUGAUCCUCACUUAAUUUUACUUUAUUGUUUCCAGUUCGGGAGACAAUUAAAAUGAAUUUUAGGUAAUUUUUCACAUGACCUCCUGCUUCUUGAAAUUGAUACCAGUGGUUUGCAGUAUUGCCUUAUUAGAUUCUAGUGGAUUUCCUCCCUUUGUAUCAGCAGGCACUGAUUGCUUCACACUUCUUAGGACAUCUUGGAUAUUCUAAAGAGUAAAGGCACAAGUUGAAGUAAGAACCACCUCUGCAUAGAAGGGAUUGCAAAAUUACCGUCGGAAUGUUUCCUUCUAGUUAAUUAUGUACUCACAGGGCAAGGAGAUUUAUUGAGCGUAACCGUACUCUAUAUAAAAAUGAAUAUAUUUCACUGAUGAUUAAUUUUCUGCCUGUAAAGUCAGUGUUUUUAAUGUGAGCGUUGUGACAGUCAUUGAGAAACCUGUUAUACAAAUCAGAUAUAAACAAGUAAAUAUUCUACCAAUUCACUGUGAAGUAAAUAACAGCUAGGUAGAAAAAAAAAUCAUUAGUCAUUAGCUGCAGGUCAUUGCAUCGUUAGAACAUCGGAGCGCUUCCAACAGUGCAAGGAUACAGUAAUUUCAAUGGGCAGGCAAAGAUCAUUGAUUACCCUUUUCCUGUUUGUCCAGUCUCAGCUCACAUUAUUUGUCACAGCUUCCACUUCUGAGAUGGAAGUUUUGUAAUAAACGUUUGUGUCUGCUCUAUGAAUGAAGACCAUAAAGUCAUUACACAUUUGCUGUUUUGGUGCCUCUAAUAGGAAACGGCAUAAUUUCCAUCAUCUGUCUCCUGGCAGAGGCUGAAAACGGGCAUUGGUCGUUACUCAGUGAAAGGGGAAUGAACGUUAGUUUGAAGAUCUUGAUCCUCAGGAUUUACCUUUGAUCAUUACGCAGCUGUAACGGACAGGAAGUCAACUCAUCGUUCUCUGCUAAAAAUGAGAACCUAUCCAGCUAUUGGUUUCUUCCUCCUCUUCGUGAUCAGCUAUGGCUCUUCUGAAAACUCAAGUACGUCCAGAGGGUGUGGACUGGAUCUUCUCCCUCAGUACGUUUACCUGUGCGACCUGGAUGCCAUUUGGGGGAUAGUUGUGGAGGCGGUGGCGGGGGCAGGCGUGCUGACCACCUUACUGCUGAUGCUGAUUUUGCUGGUGAGGCUGCCCUUCAUCAAGGAGAAGGAGAAGAAGAGCCCCCUGGGAAUGCACUUCCUCUUUCUUUUUGGGACUCUUGGACUGUUUGGGCUGACGUUUGCUUUCAUCAUACAGGAAGAUGAAAUGGUGUGCUCUACCCGAAGAUUUCUAUGGGGAGUUAUCUUUGCUUUGUGCUUCUCGUGCUUGCUAGCUCAAGCCUGGAGACUUCGCAGACUAGUUCGACAUGGGAAGAGUCCUUCUGGCUGGCAUCUAGCUGGGGUGGCAAUCUGCCUGAUGCUCGUUCAGGUCAUUAUUGCAACCGAGUGGUUAAUACUGACGAUUGUCAGAGAUAAAAAGUUGGCCUGCAGCUACGAACCAAUGGAUUUUGCUAUGGCUUUGAUUUAUGUUAUGUUCCUGAUGGUAUUUACCAUGGGAUUUUCUCUUUUCACUCUCUGUGGAAAGUUUAAGAAAUGGAAGAAAAACGGAGUAUGCCUCAUUGUAACGCUUUUCUUUUCCAUUCUGAUUUGGGUAGCCUGGCUGACUAUGUACCUCUUUGGUAACGCUGAGCUGAAGAGAAGAGACAAAUGGAGUGAUCCCACUCUUGCUAUUGCACUGGUGUCCAGUGGUUGGGUGUUUAUUAUCUUUCAUGCCAUCCCAGAGGUCCACUGUACCAUCCUUCCAUCGCAGCAGGAAAACACUCCCAAUUAUUUUGAUACUUCACAGCCAAGGAUGCGUGAAACUGCUUUUGAGGAAGAUAUACAGCUUCCUCGGAGCUACAUGGAAAAUAAAGCCUUUUCAAUGGACGAACAUAAUGCAGCGCUAAGAACGGCAGGAUUUCGAAAUGGCAGUUUGGGAAGCCGACCUAGUGCUCCUUUUAGAAGCAAUGUUUAUCAGCCAACUGAGAUGGCAGUUGUGCUGAAUGGUGGGACUAUACCAACUGCUCCACCAAGUUACACUGGACGACACCUAUGGUGAAUGGCUGUAGGCUGUAGAGAAUCAAAAUCCUUGUUGCAGAUGUUGUUCCCUGGCAGUGUGUCUUUGAGGGAGGAAUCCAUAAGAAAACCAGAACAAAGCAACAAAGCAUCCAGGAACUUUCGAAAUCCUACAGAGGAUUUUGUCAAAAUGUGAACACCAUUUAAAUGAUAUUUGCAAAACCAAAAUUGUAAACCUGAAGCUGAAUCUAACUUAAAAUAAAAGUAGGCACACUUUAAAUUGGAAGAGGGGAUAUCUUAUUCUGAGAUGCAAGAUAUUCUCGUCUGUAACCAGUGUGCGAGGCAAGCCUGUUUUUGUUGGUUGCCAGUUGCUUGCAAAAUACCCUCCUCUCACUUAAGUCAUGUUGCCACAAGAGAUUGCCACUACAGUGCGAAAACAUGCAGGAUUUCUUCCCAUUUUGCUCCUCUUCCCUUCAUUUCAAAUGUCAUGAGAAGUACCUUGUUUGCUUCAUUAUCUAGCUGUACUGUACAGUCACAGAGCAUCGUGUGUAGUCGAGCAUUGUCACUCUGUGGCAACUAAAUCACCAUGACGCUGCAGGCUGGCACUCUUCUCUUUGAAAAGCUGCAGUAGGAAACGCAGUUCUGGAGGAAUGAAAGGUCUGUGUAUGUUUCAUGUGAGUUCUGGAGUUUCUUGAGGCAGAAAGAAAAAGCAUAGGUCCAGUGCAGAGGCAGCUCUCCUCGGCCACAUGGGAUCGAUCCUUGUUUUUCCAGCCUCAGACUUGGGGUGCAAGCAGAGCCACGCGCUCUCGUGUCUCCUACAGACAAAGCCAUUUAGUAACACGUUGGAGGGACAUGCUCGUGUGAAAACUUAGCUGGAGAGAGGAUGUGACUUGAGUUUGCCAGAAGGAUUUGCUUGUGCUGGUGGAAUAAAGGCAGCCCACGGUACCACCCAAGGCAGCCUGUGCUGUUGGGCUGAUCUCGUCCAGCAGGAAGGUGGUGGCAGCUGGGAAGCACUGACCUCCCACCUGGCAGGAGAGACUUGGGCAGCAGAUAGGGUCAAGGCCUCCCUUUCUGAUCCUGUUCCUAUGAGUAGUCCCCUUGACUGCAGUUGUUUGUGCAUUUAAAUGUGGUUGUGUGUUUUGGUGCCUAGCUAUUAGAAUCUCCAUGCUGGAGGUGGUUUGUUGUUGUUUUGGGGUUUUUAAGAUGGUUUAUUCCCUACUUCUCCCCGUCCCCUCCACUUUUUUUGAGUUGAUACAAGGCAGACUUUCUCAAAGCUUUUUAUCUUUGUUUUCUCCAGGUUAUUUAAAAGGUUCCCAUUGCCCAUUGUUUGUGCCAUGUUUUUUCAUUAUGUUUAAGUAAUCAUUCCUUUAUUUAACAUUUAAUACAUAUCGGACAUUGAAAACAUCAUUGUAUCCUCACUGUUUGGCCAAUGUUAAUCUUAGCUUUCCUCAAUACUAAAAGCUUAUUGUUUUUACUUGAGGGCAUAGGAGAUGCAUAACGAUUAAACUUUGCAUAUGCUGUAAUAAAAAUAUAUAUUUUCAAACUAAAAAAGAAUAAUGUACAAAUAACUGAAUAGUUUAGUAGCUUCACAGAAAGAAGUUACUUGCUGUAUACUGCAAAAGAAAGACAAGCUUUUUAUUUUUCAAGUCUUCCUGAUCCUUCAUGUACCUCCGUUUCUACUGAAUUAGGAACCUAGUCCUGCAGACUUGUACUCCCAUGAGUAGUCCCAUCAACACCAGUAGGUCUACGUGCAGGUACCAAGGCUGCAAGACCAGUCCCUAAGUGUUGCACACAGAUACAAAUGUAUGUAUAUAUAUAUAUAUGGAAAAAUAUAUAUUGCUGUUCUUGCCAUGAUCAUCUUAUGGGGUUUCAUUUCAAAGCCCUUCUCUUUCAGAAGCAAUGUUUUUCUGUCAUGCAUGAGUAAGAGAGCAUGUUAGCUCCCCCCUGCCCUUCCCUCCUCGAGGCAAAGGAGGCAUGUGCUUGUUUUAGGGAUUGCUUAUUUUAUUUUGUAAGUAACUAGAUGGCCUUAGUAAUCAAGUAGGGUGGGGUGGAUAUUGCAUGCUAUCCAGUGACUUAGAAAUACAUUUUGCUUGUUUUAAAGAAAGCUUUGAUCAAAUAAGAUAGUACUAUUUAAGAUAAUGAUAGUUACCCAGAAGGUACACCAUUUGGAACAAUUCAAAAAAACCUAUUACCAUCAUUUGCCUGCAGAAUUUUGCUCUUAAAAAACAAUUAAAAACCUUCUAAAACUUGAUCAUAAAAAACAUAUAAGAUGACCAUGGCAUA